GAUAUGGUAUAAGCUUUUGUAAUACAAAUAUUGUAUGAACAAAAAGCAACAUAUGCAUAUUUUUGAUACUUGACAAAACCAAAAGAAAAAGAAAAAGGCUAAUGUAUUAUACAAACCGCCUUAAAUAUGAAUUCACUUUAUUUAACUUAAGACCGAAAAUAAAUAAGUAAAACAAAAAAAAAGGUUUGGUCAAGAGACUGAAGACUCGCACAAGACAAGAGAGAGAGAGAGGGAGAGAGAGAGAGAGAGUAAAAUUAGGGUUUUGAACCUUUUCAGUCUCAACUCCUUUUAUUUCCUUUACUCUUCCUUCUUCCUCAUUUCUUCUUCAUUUCUUUAUCUACUUGACAUAGUUUUGUUUCUUCUGUACUUAAAGUCGUAUCUACAUGUGUUUCUGUGUCUCUUCUGGAACCAAAAAAGAGAGAGAUAUCAUAACAAUAAUUGUAAUUAAAAAGCACUAAUAUGCUUAUCUUAAUAUAAGGUUAUACAUAUUAAAUCCUUUCUUUUACUCUCUAUAUAUUGAGAUCACUCCCGUCUUUAUCAAAUUCUUCUUCCUCUCACCUUUUCCAAUCCAGAGGAUCUCAUGUAGAUCUGAUCAUUUUCUAAUACAACCGAGAUCAAUCACUAAGCUAGCUAUUGAUCUAUAGAGGAAAUGAAGAAUAGUUAUAAAUGUAACCUCAUAGAUUCAAAGCUCGAAGAACAUCAUCAUCUUUGCGGAUCAAAACAUUGUCCUGGAUGUGGUCGCAUGAUUCAAGCUGCUACUAAUCCAAAUUGGGUUGGAUUGCCGGCAGGAGUGAAGUUCGAUCCGACAGAUCAAGAACUUAUAGAACAUCUAGAAGCAAAAGUGAAGGGAAAAGAUGAAAAUGAGAAAUGGUCAUCGUCUCAUCCACUUAUAGAUGAGUUUAUACCCACCAUUGAUGGAGAAGAUGGGAUAUGUUACACUCAUCCUCAGAAGCUUCCAGGAGUGACAAAAAAUGGCUUGAGCAAACACUUCUUCCACAAGCCAUCGAGAGCUUACACAACCGGAACAAGAAAACGACGCAAAAUCAUCCAAACAGAUCACGACUCCGAGUUAACCGGAUCAUCAGAAACCAGGUGGCACAAAACGGGAAAAACAAGACCGGUUAUGAUCAGCGGUCAACAAAGAGGAUGCAAGAAGAUAUUAGUACUCUACACAAACUUCGGUAAGAAUAGACGACCGGAGAAAACAAAUUGGGUAAUGCAUCAAUAUCAUUUGGGGAUUAGUGAAGAAGAGAGAGAAGGAGAGCUUGUAGUAUCUAAGAUCUUUUAUCAGACACAACCUAGACAAUGUGUUAGUAAUCUAAAUUGGUCUGAUCAUCAUCAUGGUUCCAAGGACGUAGCUACCGCCUUGCAGACUCUUGGUUCCGGUGACGUCGUCUCUAGGGUUAGGACGAAUCCCUAUACAAGAGGCUUUGAGGAGGGGACAGCCGAAGCUUCAAAGGGAAGUGAGAACCAGCGUGUGUCUGGCACGUGCGAGGAAGUACAUGAUGGGAUCAUAAGAUCAUCAACAUCGUCAUCUAAUCAACAUCAUCAUAUGAUUCAUGAUCAUAAUCAACAUCAUCAAAAUGUAAGAGAGUUUCACAUAUCAUCAUAUCCCAUGACCCCUACGACUAUCACAUCGCAACAUGAGUCAAUCUUCAAUGUUACAAGUACUAUGCCCUUUCAGCAGGAGCAGUUAAGAGGUCGGUCGUCUGGUUCGGGAUUAGAAGACCUAAUUAUGGGUUGUACCACAGCUACUUGCACAGAAGACGAGCAUUCAGAAGCAAACACACAUCAAAGUGUAGAUUGGUUAACGUUUCCACCCUACUGGAACCAAGCGGGAUCAGAGGGUCAAAACCAGAAAUUUUAACCGAGCCAAAAGGAGAAACAGAGAAGUCUUUGCAAAAACCUCCUGACUUAGCUUUUGAU